GGAGGAGGGAGCGGCCGGCUGCGGGGCCCCGGCCAAUCGGGCGGCUGGCCGGGCGCGCGGAGCCACAGCGCCAUGGAAGGAGGCGCGGCGCCCGGCCGCCCGUGACCGAGAGUGGCGAGCCCGAGCGGCCCGCGGCGCCCGCGGCGCGGAGAUGAGCAGGUCCGCCGCGCUGCUGCUCUGCCUGCUCGGCUGCCACGUUUGGAAGGCGGUCACCAAGACGCUGCGGGAACCCGGCGCGGGAGCCCAAGAGGUAACCUUGAAGGUGCAUAUUAGUGACGCCAGCACCCACCAACCCAUCGCAGAUGCGCUCAUUGAGAUCUUCGCCAACCAGGUGUCUCUUGCCUCUGGCACAUCGGGUGCGGAUGGGGUCGCUUUCAUCAAGUUCCAGUAUAAGCUGGGUAAUCAGCUGAUUGUCACCGCCACGAAACACGCCUAUGUGCCAAACUCUGCCCCGUGGAAGCCCAUCCGAUUACCGGUGUUUUCCUCGCUGAGCCUUGGGCUGCUUCCUGAACGCUCUGCUACUCUGAUGGUCUAUGAAGAUGUUGUCCAAAUAGUAUCAGGAUUCCAAGGUGCCCAGCUACAGCCUCGAGUUCAUUUCCAGAGAAGGGCCUUGAGGUUGCCCGAGAACACCAGCUACAGUGACCUCACCGCCUACCUCACUGCCGCCAGCUCCCCGUCAGAGGUAGACAGCUUUCCUUAUUUGCGAGGAUUGGAUGGAAACGGGACAGGAAACAGUACGCGGUAUGACUUGACCCCCGUCACGGCCGUCAGUGUGCACUUGCUCAGCAGUAAUGGAACACCGGUGCUGGUGGACGGUCCCAUCUAUGUCACCGUGCCCUUGGCCACGCAGAGCAGUCUGAGGCACAAUGCUUACGUCGCAGCAUGGCGGUUUGACCAGAAGCUGGGAACGUGGCUAAAGAGUGGUCUGGGCCUCGUGCACCAGGAAGGCAGCCAGCUCACGUGGACGUACAUUGCUCCCCAGUUGGGGUACUGGGUGGCAGCCAUGUCUCCUCCCAUCCCAGGUCCCGUUGUGACACAGGACAUUACCACGUAUCACACGGUGUUUCUUUUGGCCAUUUUAGGAGGAAUGGCUUUCAUUCUUUUGGUCUUGCUGUGUCUCCUUUUAUAUUAUUGCAGGAGGAAGUGCUUGAAACCCCGUCAGCAUCACAGAAAACUGCAGCUCCCCCCAGCCCUGGAGAGCUCCAAGAGGGAUCAGUCAACAUCCAUGUCUCACAUCAACUUGCUGUUCUCUCGCCGAGCAUCAGACUAUCCUGGGCCUCUCUCUGUCUCCAGCCAUAGCCGCCCAGAGGCCCCGGGGACAAAGGAACUGAUGGGCGGCGGGGUGCACUUAGAAAUGAUGUCCCCCAAUGGGGAGGGGGACCUGCACACACCCAUGCUGAAGCUCUCCUAUAGUACCUCACAGGAAUUCAGCUCCCGGGAGGAGCUGCUGUCCCACAAAGACGAGAAUAAAAGCCAAACAUCCUUUGAUAAUCUGACACCGAGUGGGACGCUGGGGAAAGACUACCAUAAGUCAGUGGAGAUUUUUCCCUUAAAGGCAAGAAAAUCUGUGGAAAGAGAAGGCUACGAGCCCCCAGGCAACGGUGACUACAGAGGUAGUUACAAUGCGAUGCUUGCCCAGCCUUUAUUUGAGAAGCAGGAUCAAGAAGGCCUGACAUCGGCAGGAAGCAAACUCACCAUUCAGGAACACAUGUACCCCGCACCUUCAUCCCCUGAAAAAGAGCAACUGCUGGACCGCAGACCUACUGAAUGUAUGAUGUCUCGAUCUGUCGAUCACCUGGAGAGACCUACUUCUUUCCCGAGGCCAGGCCAGUUGAUCUGCUGUAGUUCCGUGGACCAAGUAAAUGACAGCGUUUACAGGAAAGUGUUGCCUGCCUUGGUCAUCCCAGCUCAUUAUAUGAAACUUCCAGGGGACCACUCCUAUGUGAGCCAGCCUCUGGUAGUCCCCGCUGACCAGCAGCUGGAAAUAGGGAGGCUCCAGGCUGAGCUGUCCAACCCCCAUGCGGGAAUCUUCCCACACCCAUCCUCUCAGAUGCAGGGCCAACCCUUGUCUUCCCAGGCCAUCUCUCAGCAGCACCUGCAGGAUACAGGUUCCCGGGAAUGGGGCUCUCAGAAUGCAUCCAUGUCAGAGUCUCUGUCCAUCCCAGCAUCCCUGAAUGAUGCAGCUUUGGCUCAAAUGAACAGUGAGGUGCAGCUCCUGACGGAAAAGGCGCUGAUGGAGCUUGGGGGUGGGAAGCCACUUCCACACCCUCGAGCAUGGUUUGUCUCCCUAGACGGAAGGUCCAAUGCUCACGUUAGACAUUCGUACAUUGAUCUCCAAAGAGCUGGAAGGAAUGGAAGUAAUGAUGCCAGUUUGGACUCGGGUGUGGAUAUGAAUGAACCAAAAUCUGCCCGGAAGGGAAGGGGAGACCCUUUGUCUCUCCAGCAGAGCCACCCACCUGUUCAGGAGCACCAGCAAAAAGAACCCCGAGCGCACGACAGCGCGGCCUAUACCCAGCUCGUGUACCUGGACGACAUGGACCAGAGCAGCAGUGAGUGCGGGACCACAGUCUGCACCCCCGAGGACAGUGCUCUGCGAUGCUUGUUGGAAGGGUCAGGUCGGAGGAGUGGGGGGCAGCUGCCCAGCCUGCAGGAGGAGACAACCAAACGAACUUCCGACGUCCCCCCGGAGCCAUUAGCCAGCCCCAACCCGAGAAGAGCUGCCAAUGAUGAAGAUGAAGAGGAUGAUGAUGACGAUGACCAAGGAGAAGAUAAGAAAAGCCCCUGGCAAAAACGAGAGGAGAGGCCCUUGAUGGCCUUUAACAUCAAAUGAGCCAUCAUUGAGCCCCUAAAUGUGGAAUAUAAAAUUGCCAAAUAUCCUUUCUCAUGGAAGCGCAUACCUGUGUGUGGAGAAGCCGAAGGAUGAAAACCGUGGAAGUCGACGCAUUGACAGGGCUGCGUCGGUAGCAGAAAGAAAUUAGGGUUCUGGCUCAGAAUAAAGGAUGACUAACAAACGCUGCCCCUCCAGGGAGGUGGCUGGGAAACCUGUAUGUCAUUCCGUGGACCUGACUUGUCCCAGAAGGGAUGCUGUCAAACCACAUGUGGUAUUGCCGUGCUCCAAGGAUCACCUCAGUUCUCCCUCAGAUUCUGGAAACAGAUGGAACUCUUUUUGCAUUGUUUGAAUCCUCCUUCCGUUUUCUCGCGAUAAUGCUACUGUGAAGCUUGGGAAAUUGGGUGGCACGUAGUUUCCUGGAGUCAGCAUUAUCUCAAAGGAAAGCUAUGCAUUGCUGCUUCAUCUUGUUGCUUUGCUUACACUUCGCUUUGGUUGGGCUUCUCUCUCUCUCUUUUUUUUUCAUGGGGGGGGUGCUUUUUUCUUUAUAAUACAAAUUCAAUUCAGUUGAAAAAUUUUUAUUUCCUUCUUUUAAUCUGUCCUGCUUCUCUGUGGUUGAUUUCAGUGUCUCUCUUCAGGAACUCUUGAGUGUCGUCUCUUAUCAUCUAAGCCUUUUAAUGAAAUUGUACUGAAAUUUUUAUCAGCUAAGAGUCCUUCAAUUCUGGUCCCAUUAACUCCAAGUGCCUUUUUUACAGUGACAACAGACAGUCCCUCAGUUUUAUGUUUUUUCUUAACCCUUUUAAUUGAACUGCCUGGAUUUUAUAUGAAGUUACGAAAUGAUACCUUUUUCUUUGAACUGCAUGCUGCCAAGUGCCAUUUGUGCUCAGCAUCCUCAUUCCCACACAGUAUACUCUCUAGUUAUCGUGUGUAAUGUGGGUUCUGUUUAGCUAAGAUAGACUAGAGGACGCUGUAAAGAUGCCCGAUCCUAUUCCAUCCCAUCGGCCACUGGCCACCAUUCUUGUUCCACUGGCUGUUUGUAUAUAGGGUUAUGUAUUAACUCUGGAAUCCUAUGUGCCCGUCUUGCUCACCAAAGAUGAGAGUAUGGGCUGAGCAAGGGGAUUGAAUGUGACUAUUCAAAACACUCUUAUGUACUAUCCAAAAGUGCCAGAAUGACUCUUCUGUGCGUUCUCCUUUAAGAGCUGCUUGGUUGUUCCAAAAUGAAAACUCAAAAUAAACUUGGAAGAUGGAAAAAAAA